UGACAUUUACAUUCCUGCUCUCCUUCAUUAGAGUUAGUCCUGUAGCUCAAAACAAUCAAGGUUCAUGGAGCAUCACUGAAGUGGUUUUCUUCAGAAUCAUUAACAGACUGAAAUGGAUGAAGAAAACAUCAGGAAGAGGAAGGAGUCACAGAAUGGCUCCACCAGCAACAACGUGGACUCUCAGACUAAAAACAAGCAGCCUGCAAAGGCUACUGUGCUUCAAAAAGAUGUUGGUCUGUUAAGUAGCAUCUGUCUGAUUGUGGGGACGAUGAUUGGCUCGGGCAUCUUCAUUUCUCCUAAGGCUGUUCUGCUGUACUCUGGAGCGGUGGGCCCCUGCCUGCUCAUCUGGGCGGCCUGUGGCGUGUUAGCCACUAUGGGAGCUCUGUGUUAUGCUGAGCUUGGCACCAUGAUCACCAAAUCGGGGGGAGAGUAUUCGUAUUUAUCUGAGGCUUUUGGCUCCCUCGUAGCCUACCUCUACUCCUGGACCACUGUUAUGGUGCUGAAGCCCUCGUCCCUCGCCAUCAUCACUCUGAGCUUUGCAGAAUAUGCCUCCACUCCUUUCUACCCCGGCUGCACUCCCCCUGUCGUUGUUACAAAGAGUCUUGCAGCAGCAGCUAUAAUUGUGAUCGUCAUGGUCAACUGUUUAAGCGUUAAGCUGGCGAACUACGUACAGAACGUCUUCACUCUGGCCAAACUUUUCAUCAUUCUUAUCAUAGUGGUAGCUGGCAUGGUUAUGUUGGCACAAGGAAACACUGAGAAUUUGUCAAAUGCAUUUGAAGGCUCAUCAACGUCUGUUGGAGCAAUCGGACUGGCAUUUUAUAACGGGCUUUGGGCUUAUGAUGGAUGGAAUCAACUGAAUUUCAUUACAGAAGAGCUGAAAGACCCAUUCAGGAACUUGCCAUUGGCCAUCAUCAUUGGGAUCCCUUUGGUUUCUGUGUGCUAUGUGCUGGUCAACGUUGCUUACUUCACUGUUCUGACCCCCACUGAACUGCUGUUGUCUCCAGCUGUUGCCGUGACUUUUGGAGACAGAGUCCUUUACCCUCUGUCUUGGAUCGUUCCGCUCUUUGUUGUCUUCUCUACAUUCGGCUCUGCCAAUGGAAGCUGCUUCACCGCUGGCAGACUGGCCUAUGUGUCUGGUAGAGAAGGUCACAUGGUGAAAAUCUUAUCCUAUAUAAGCCUGAAGCGCUACACUCCAGCUCCUGCUCUCAUAUUCAAUGGUAUUUUGGCUAGCAUCUACAUUAUCCCAUCAGACAUCAACACCCUCAUUAACUACUUCAGCUUUGCUCAGUGGGGGUUUUAUGGUCUGACAGCACUGGCUCUCAUCGUCAUGCGUUACACCAGGAAGGAGCUGCACAGACCAGUGAAGGUGCCGAUUUUCAUAGCAGGCAUAAUGGUGCUGGUGUCCUGCUACUUAGUCCUGGCACCCAUCAUUGAUAAGCCAGACCUGGAGUACCUCUAUUGUACUAUCUUCAUCGUCAGUGGACUUUUCCUCUACUACCCUUUCGUCCACCGGAAGGUCAACUGGGCACGCAAAAUCAUGAGACCCAUCACCAUGCAUCUCCAGCUGCUGAUGGAAGUAGUUCCUCCAGAGAAAACUUAAUAAGAAGAGACAGAAUUAACAACGAGCUCAACUUCUGCUGUUUGUCAUGAAACAUGUUAAGGCUGUUAUUUUUAAAGCAGCUAUGCACUUUCAACCCAGAGUGGAUCAUAACUAAACAAUCACAGCUGACCUCUGUUGUACGGCUGCUUUACAACACUAACAGGAGGUGAGCGGUGAUCAUGAACCUGCUUACAGGGGUAACAUGAAAUCAUGGGUCAUUUUGUUUCAGGGACGAAAGAAGAGGAUUUGUGUUUCUAGAGAUUGUUCUUUAGAAAUACAUUUGCUGUAAUUAUAAUUUACUUAGAAGUACAAGAUAUUUAAAGUAAAGUGUAGGGGUUUGUGAGCUGAAGAAUUUGACCAUAUUCUCAUGAUGCCUCUCUCCACAUGAACAAAUAAAUCACUGACAAAGUCUUUUUUUAACAUAAAUAAACAGCAUCAAUCAUUUA